GGUGGUGGCGGUGACGAGGCUGUCGGUUUGUGUUUUGCCACCGAAUCAGCUCAGCCUUUCUCUCUCUCUCUCUCUCUCUCUCUUCUAAUACGGACGUUUUACAAGACGAAGUGUAAGGCAGCCAGUCAGUCGGUCGACGGUUUUACAACGGCACUGGCAUCUAUCAACCCCCAGUAGUAGUAGUAGCAAAGCUAAGGUCUUUACAGUUUAAUACGAACCGAGAACAGAAUACGAAGCGAAGAGGAAAACACAAAAACACUUGAAAAGGAUUUUCCUAAUUUGAAAAAUACUCCUACGACCUAUAAUUAGCUGCAGCUCUUUUAUGUUUUAUAUAUAAAGAAAAAGAGCAAUAACUCUAAAAGAUUAUUCGAAAUUGAGACAGUAUAUUAGUAGGCGUACCUUUAGAUAAGCUUAUAAAUUGGAUAAAUAUCAAAGAAACUCUUAAAGACCGUUAUUGUUACUUCUUGCCGUCCAAAAUCAAAACAAAUCGGAACUGGUUGUUUUGUCUUUUCCCCACUUAUUCAGUCUCCCUUUUUGAUACAACCAUAAAUCGAAAGUAUUUGUAUUCGUAUCAUGACCAAAAAUAUAUUCUACUACAAAAAUCAAACUUAACUGAAUCUAAUUUAGAUGUGUGUGUAUCUGAGAGCCAGUAUAUAAUUUGUAGCAAAUAUAUAUAUGCUAUAUACAUAAUCAUGUAAACUUAGCAUGUGUCAUAGACUUUUUAUAAUCAUUGUGUUAAGCACUCUAUAAAGAUAGAAUUUUAUAUUAAACGUGAUAUACAUAUCAUUUCACUUGUCCAUUCCAUUAAGCCGAAGUGUCAGGGAUGGGCUCGAAUGAGUUAAAAUGCGGUGUAAAGUAGUAUUACCUGUAAUUUCCGCAUCCUUUGUGUGAUGGCUCUAGCAGUCUCUUAGAAAUGGAGAGGAUUUCGUUUAUAGUUUAAUAAGCUUCGAGUAUUAUUAGAAAUAGUAUUCAUAAAUUCCUUAUUUGGCUACAUUCCGGUCAUUCGUUUCUAAUAGAUAUUAAAUUUACAUAUAAUCAUUUCAUAAACACAUACGUUUUAGAAUAUCAGUUCGAACGCCGAUUUGAUCUCGAAUCUGUGAAAUCGGAAGUAGUUUGUUCAUUUGUAAGUUUGUAUAUAUAUAUAUAUAAAAGUAAAAAAUAUAUAUAUUCCACAAAUGCAAAAUGAAUAAAUAAUAAUACCCUUUUUUUUCUUCUUUUUGCCAUGCUAACAAAGAUUGUAAAAGACAAUCAAAAGUAAACGAUAAUUAAAAGGUAAUUGCCGGUUUUAGUUUUUCAAGUUAAUAUAUUUUCCUAAAUUCACGAACAUGACUGGGCCAAUAUCAUAUACAGCCAUGAGUGAAAAUGGCGGUAUUUCUCCGCCUGAGAAAAAUGGCAAGUUACCGACUUGCCAUACAAGACUUCCUCCUGAUAACAUGGACGAUAAUAUUAAUGUAAAAUGUGGAUGGGGCUCUAUACGGCCUUCGUUAUGUCAAAGAUUUGGACAUCCCAAAUGGAUUUUGUUUCUACUAAGCCUUGCAGGGGCAGCUCAGGGUAUGGUGGUGAAUGGUUUUGUAAAUGUGGUCAUUUCAAAUAUAGAACGGCGCUACGACUUGUCGAGUACAGAAUCGGGAACAAUUGCAAGCUGCUACGACAUAGCAUCGGUUGUGUGUCUUAUACCAAUUAGCUACUUUGGAGGACUUGGUCGGAAACCUCGUUAUCUAGGUAUCGGCGUUUUUGUCAUGGGUAUCGGAUCAUUUAUGUUCAGUUUGCCACACUUCCUCAGCGGCAACUAUAAAUAUGUUACCACACAGAAUGUAUGUACAGAGACUUCGUUAUCGAACGGUACUAGUGUUCUUCACUGUAUUAUGGGCGAAUCAGUGAAGACCUUAUCGAACUACAAAUACUUGUUCUUUUUGGGUCAGUUACUACACGGGGCCGGUGCUUCUCCUCUUUAUACACUCGGAGUAACUUACCUGGAUGAGAACUUAUCAGUUCGGACGGCACCUGUCUACAUAGGUAUCUUCUAUACGAUGUCCAUCAUUGGGCCAGCAUUUGGAUACCUCUUAGGUGGAAAAUUCUUGGAUUAUUAUGUGGAUAUCGGCCGUGUUGAUACUUCUUCCAUUAGCAUGAAGUCGGGUAACGCCAAAUUUGUCGGUGCUUGGUGGAUUGGAUUUCUUCUCAGUGGUCUCUAUGCCAUUCUUAUAUCUUUGCCGAUCUGUGGUUUCCCACGAGAAUUACCAGGUGCUACUAAAUAUCGGACAGAACGGGAAGCUGAGGUUUAUCAUCAGAAGAACAACGAAGAAUGGUCACCAAACAAUGCUUCCACUGAUUCUCCAAAUUUGAAGAUGGGUUGGAAGGCCAUUUUGAGCUCGUUAAAAAUACUUACUUCAAAUCCGACCUUCAUGUUUUUAAAUUUAUCAGCUGCCUGUGAAAGUAUUAUACUCAGUGGGUUUGCUACAUUCGCUCCUAAAUUUAUAGAGUCCCAGUUCAGUCUGUCAGCAUCAGUAUCUGCUGUAUAUGUCGGUUACGCUCUAGUUCCAGCAGGAGGUGGUGGGACAUUUCUUGGCGGUGUCUUAGUCCGAAUGUUAAAACUUAAAGUACGAGGAAUUAUACGGAUGUGUUUGGGUCUUUCUACAGUUUUACUUGUAUUAAUGUUAAUAUUUCUACUACGGUGCCAGAAUAAUAGUUUUGUUGGUAUAAAUGUACCCUACUCUGUCAACAGAAGCUCUUCACCGUUUGUUAUUGGCAACUUAAAGGCAGACUGCAAUUCAGACUGUCAUUGUUCAAAUGAAGAUUAUGAUCCCAUAUGCAGUAAUGAUGGUUCUAUAUAUUUUUCACCUUGUUAUGCCGGUUGUAAAACUAUCAUUGAUGGCUACACAAAGAAAUACGCCAACUGCAGUUGUAUUCAGUCAAACAACUCGAAGUUUGAUUAUGCUGCCGUUUCCGGCAAAUGUCCAAACCAGUGCAAUCAUUUGUCAUUGUUCAUGCCAUUCUUCGCCAUGAUCAUGUUAAUAACAUUUACCAUUAGUAUGCCAGCACUAACAGCAACACUACGAUGUGUUCCACAGAAGCAACGAUCCUUUGGUCUAGGAAUACAAUGGAUCUUGGCCCGGUGUUUUGGAUCCAUACCUGGUCCGAUCAUGUUUGGUAAAAUGAUAGAUCUGACCUGCCAGUUUUGGCAACAGACUUGCCAAGAGAACGGUUCCUGUUACGUCUACGACAACGAACGGAUGGGUCUCUAUCUAAUGGCUCUCACCCUGGUCGUCAAGGCACUUUCUUGUUUGUUUUUCUUUCUAGCGCUGCUCAUGUACAAAGCUGCACCAGCAUCGAACCCUGUAAAUUUAGCCAGUGACAGUACAUCAUCAGCUCUUUCAACAUUCAGCCAGAGGCCCCCAUCUAAAGUUAAACACGCGAACAGUAUGCAGACAUGCUUAGAUGACGACAAUAGUCAGUGCGAAAGGACUCUGAUGGAAGAUGUUCCUAGUCCGACUAAGUCUUUUACGUCCUGAAAUCUUACCUAAUAAUUA